UAGUAGCUGUGUGUCCUGAUAAGUGGAGGGCUGAGGCCAUAGACUGUGUAUGAGGCAGAGAGGACAGACCAACAACCGCGAGACCAGCUGUCGUUCACUGUAGCAGUUAGAGAAGGGAACACUCGGGAAUUCUUCCCGAUCCCGCUUGCUCCCUCUCCUCUCAGAUCCCGGCCCCAGCAGGCCAGGGAAUGUCCCGGCGGCGAGAUGCCUUACGUGGACCGACAGAACCGCAUCUGUGGCUUUCUGGACAUAGAGGAGAACGAGAGCAGUGGCAAGUUCCUGCGUCGUUACUUCAUUCUGGACACACAGCAGGGAAGCUUGGUGUGGUUCAUGGACAACCCACAGAACCUGCCUGUUGGUACAGACUGUGUUGGAUCCCUGAAGCUCACCUACAUCUCCAAGGUCAGCGAUGCCACUAAGCUGAGGCCUAAGGCAGAAUUCUGCUUUGUCAUCAAUGCUGGGAUGAGGAAGUUCUUCCUGCAGGCCAAUGAUCAGCAGGAUCUUGUGGACUGGGUCACCGCUCUCAAUAAAGCCACCAAGAUCACUGUGCCAAAGUUGUCUGAUGGACAGCAGAAUGCAGAGAACCAGAAGACUUUACCAGAUGUUGUAGGGCCCAAGAAACAAGUCUCCUAUAAGACAGAGAUCAUUGGAGGAGUGCCCAUUGUCACCCAGACACAGCAUGAUGGUGGUGAUGGUGCAGACAGAGCAGAGCGUGAGGCCAUGCAUCGGUCACACAGCCAGCUGCCGUACUUCCUUGGGAGGCCGACUCAGGAGCACACUGUCAUCAAGUCAGGCUACUGCGUCAAGCAGGGAGCUGUGAUGAGGAACUGGAAGCGGCGCUAUUUCCUACUAGAAGAAAACUCAAUGAGUUACUUCAAGUCAGAUUUGGAAAAGGAACCUCUGAGAAUGAUUCCACUAAAGGAAGUUCACAAAGUCCAGGAGUGCAAACAGAGUGACAUUAUGAUGAGAGAUAAUCUGUUUGAAGUUGUCACCACAUCAAGGACGUUUUACAUACAGGCGGACAGCCCAGAGGAGAUGCACAGCUGGAUCAAGGCUGUCUCAGGGGCUAUUGUGGCCCAGCGGGGGCCUGGGAGGUCUGCUGCCACAGACCACGGCAGCCGCUCCACUUUCUACCGCAGCCCCACGGGUCCCCCCGUCCCUCGCUCGCCCAUAUCUGCCAUGCCACCAUGCUACCCAGAGUGGGGGGCUGCUGUCACGUGCGGCACACGCUCGCAGCCUGGCAUGGGACAGCGAGCACUUCAUGAGCCUGCUGCCACGGCCCAGUCACAGCCACACGCCAGCACGCCUGUCCCUGCAGGAGACGCGCCUGGCAAAGUGACCUGCGAACCACCUGUGACCACCAUCAGUAACUGUGAGGAGUCACCGUGGCGUCGGCGGAGCAGCUUUGAGCCGCACAUGCCUGAACCACCCUUGGACCUGGAUGACGCUGACCUGCCAGUGAGCGAGGUCUGAGCUGUUGAACUGGACAUUAAAACUUGCUUUUCUGGUUGGACGUUGAGCGAUUCAAAGAGAAAACUGUGCGAAACAGGUGUUAAAAAGGGCAGGCAUUGGUUUCAAACCAAAGCUGUUGGCGGAUGACUGUACAACGUCACAAACUCAUGUUUGAGCUCCUCCGUCAGUGCCGUCAGUGUGCUAAAGAAACCGGUUGGGUCACCACUGAACUGCACUCUGCGUGCCAAAGACGACCCAGUCUUCACUCACACCCCUCUGCCUGCUGUCGCAUUUACAACAUUGUGUUUAUUUACUAAGAGUUGAUGUUGUCAAACAAAACUAAAAUUUUAGUUAACUUGUGCUGAUUAGAAUUAAAUGACGAGCUUUAUUUUAACCCAGACAGGCACAAUGAUGUGACAGAGGAUUUUUGUAAACCACUUUGUGCCAAGAAAAUAGAGCUUUCAUGGUUACAAACUGUUUCUUUUCUGAGAAGUGUGUUCAAUAGAGUUGGGUGGUGUCUACUGAAUUGUCCACAAUAAAACAUCACAAUGGAGGAUGAUAUCAUCUGCACACGCCAUCACAACUGAUCAAAUCAUAUUGGCACAAAACCCACUACAGGAGCAACAUCCACAUUUACGACUUAAAGGACGUUUGUCUCAUCAAUCGUAACAUUGUUUUGCCAGAAAUGAGUGCGUUUGUAAAACUUAUAAUUAGUUCUACUUUUCUUUGUAUUUGUGAAAUAUUGGUUUUGAGGAAAAAUGACAGCCCUAGUGGCCACCUUUACUUUCAUCCCCCCCAAAAUGUGUGCAUCAUUAAUAAAUCAGAAUUGUUGCUUUUUAAGAUAACAGUGAAUGCCACAGCAAACCUGCUCCCCGUUGUUGGUGUGGAGGGGUUUGGGCUUUUAAAACGAUGUUGGGCUUAGUAGGUGAUGAUUGAUGGACAAUGGUAUUGUGCAUUGGGUCAACUCUACAAAACGAGUACUGGCUUUUGAUCACCUUGCUUAUGUACUAAUUUAAACUCACUAUUGUAACCCUGUCUACUAGUGUAGGCCAGCCCAUAGAGAUAUGAGUCAAGCCUAGUCUGAGUUUAAUUAUUAAUUAAGAUUUUUUGAUUAGUUUUGCACAAGAUGCAAAAAAAUCCAAAUAUUUGUGUACGACACAGUGUGUAUGAUGAUGCAGGCCAAACUUAUUGCAGCCACAUUCAGUUGCCAAGCUUUUGACUGAAAUUUGUCUUUACUCUUAAGACAUCAGAGGAUUACGUUGUCAAUCACAUAAAUGCAUCCUCCGUAAGAUUUAGGUUGACUAUUAUCAACCACAAGCUUAAGUAGCUUACAUGUAAAUCUACAGUGAAAAGUUGAUCACAGUUGGUAGUACAGUGAGAGUACUGUGCAGAAGCGCAACAGAAAAACAAAAAUUAUAGUGCUUUCAUGGUACAUGCACCACUUCACAGACUACAUUUCAGCAUACCGGACUUUAUGGACUCACAUUUGUGACACUUGAUGUGGGAAUUAAACAAGAAGUACAAGGAGAAGCCUUGUAUGCAUUUUGUAACUCAGUAAUAAAAACUUCAACAAUAGGGCUGGGUCAGUUAUAGAUAAGCUUCAUGUCCUGAUAGACUGGGCAAUAACCAGCUCACAAGUUAACUAACCCUGCAGUCCAUUAUUUGAAGAUGAGUAUACUGUAUAAACCCCAUGCAAACACUUUGGAUCAUGGUUUAACACAAGACAAAAAAAACAUUAAGAAGACACUCCCGUUGCAUGUUAACAUUUUAAUGAUUCCUCAGUUUGUGUUUGUAGUUUUUAUAAACAUCCGCUCUGUGUGUUGUGUUUCCAGAAUAGAGCUGUGUGCAGCAGAUUUAUUUUUUAUAUGCUUUUAGAUGUUUCCUGAUAUUAUUCCGUGUAUCUGUGUUGCCAACCCAGCAGCAGGCAGCUGCCUCAUGGUUUUAUUUAAAAAUGUCUCACUGUAGUCCUGCUAAAUAAUACACACUAAUCUUUUUUUUUUUAAGUGCCUGCUACAUUUCAGCCCAACCAAGUCAAGCUGUUUCGACCCUUUUCAGUCUGGUGUAAUUGGUUUGAAUUGUCUCUAUUUAUUAUGUGGAUGACUUGAAAGAAAUAAACACUGAAAAUGUG